AUGCUGUUGUUCACACACCUGCGUUGUGCCUCCCUCCCCGCAGGACCCAUGCCUACUUCGGACGCGGCGACUACGCCAGUCCCGCCCGUUGCGACCACUGCCGCGGGAGCGACGACCAUUGCCCCGGCGCCAACCACACUCGCAGCUGCUCCUGCGACAACGGAGGUGCCCAGCGCCACGACGGUCGCAGCGACCGCCGAGCCCUCCACGGCGCCCGCUGCUCCCGCGACGACUGCAGCUGCGCCGGCAGCUACGACUGUGGCCGCUGCCGAGCCGACUGCGGCACCCACGGACGCAGCAACGACGGCAGCUGCCCCGGCGGCCACCACCGUGGCUGCUGCGGAACCAACAACGGCGGCCACCAGCGCAGCAACGACCGCGCCGGCAGCGGAGACCACGGCAGCUGCGCCGGCGGCUACCACCGCGGCCGCCGCGGACGCGACCGCGGCACCCAGCGCAACGACCGCCGCCGCAACAGCAGAGCCGACCACCGCUCCCGCUAGCGCCGCCACGACGGCCGCAGCUGCCCCGGCCACCACGGCUGCAGCAGGCAGCGCGACCGACGCGCCCGCUGCGACGUCUGCUCCGGAGACGGCGCCGGCCACGACGCCCGGCGUCGCGACGGACGGCGCCAUGUCGGGCUCCUCGGAGGCCACUGCAACCACCGCCCCGGCGGCGGGCGGCGACUCCGGAUCCACGCCAACCGCGACCACCGUCGCGGCGGUGGACGGCGACAGCGCCCCUGCGGCGACUGCUGCUGCGACCGCGGCCCCGGACGGCGACGGUGCCACGAUGACCACCCCCGGUGCGGCCGCCGACACCACGCCCCCCGCGGCGGGCGAUGGCAGCACUGCCGCGCCGCCCGCGGCCACCGAUGCGCCGGCCGUCGGAGGCGACACCACCGUGGCUCCCACCACCGCGCCCGCGUCCGACGACGCGUCGCCAAGCACGACACCUGCGACCGGCGACGCGGGCGCCCCUGACGCCACGACGGCGCCUGCGGUGACUGACGGGACCUCAGCCCCGACGACACCGGCUGCGACGACGACCGCGCCUGCCGCCAACGACACCGGCGCCGGCAUCUUCGUCGGCGGUGGUGGCGGUGACGCGCCCCCGGGCGGCGACGACGGGGGCGACCCUCCGGUCGGAGACGGCGACGGGCUGACGGGCGAGGCCGAGGGCGUUCCGCCGGACCCUCCCGGCGGCGGCGGCGACGAUGGCGGCGACGACGGCGGCGCGGGGGAGGCGCGCAUCGCUGACGAGGAGCUGACUGGCGGCGCGGAGGGCGGGACGGACACGACCGCCGGCGACGACGACGGCACCGGCGGGACCGGCGGCAUCGAGGGCUUCGAUCCGGCCACGGACACCCGGGGCGGCGCGAGCUCGGGCGACGGCGGCGGUUUCAAGUUCCCUUGGUGGGUGCUGGCGGUGGGCGGUGCGGCUGUGGGGUUCAUGUUCGCGAUCAUCCCGAUCUGGAAGCGCCGCAAGCGCAAGAGGGAGGAGCGCCGCAUCGCUGCGCUGGCGGAGGGCGAGGGCGGCGAGGAGGGCGCCUCGACGAAGGCCGACGGCGCUGCUGCCGCUCCGCUGACGCCCAAGCGCAAGAAGGCUCGGUUCGCGGCGCCCACGAAGGUCGUGCCGGCCGUCGAGGCGGACACCGACAGCGCUGCGACGACGGCCGGGAACGUGCAGGGCUUCCAGGCGUUCCCGGGCGGGCGGCAGAUGCUGCGCCAGCGCUCGCUGAGCAAGCAGACCUCGGCGGCCAAGGCGCUGGCCGAGGGCGAGCUCGACGGGCCCCUGAACGAGCUGUUCAAGCAGCCGUCGGGGCGCGCCGCGGCGGCGGCGAACGCGUUCCGCAUCGGGCGGCAGCAGUCUGGCGGCGAGGGCCUCAAGGCGCCCAAGCCGCUGCGCAGCGACGAGGCGAGCUCGAAGGAGGUGAGCCGCGAGGAGAGCGGCGAGACGGUCGGGCCCGCGGAGGGCAGCGCGAGCCCGCGCUCGUCCUCGGGCCAGCGCGCCAGCCCGCCGCCGCGCAAGACGCCGGGGUUCCUCUGGUGGACGCGGAACAAGGCCGUGGCGCCCGUGAGCCCCAUCGCGGAGGAGUCCGAAGCGCCGACACCGUCGACGUCCGGCCGCGGGACCGCGCAGGCCGCGUCCGGCGAGACCCGACUCCCCCCCCUCACGGCGCUGGAGCAGAAGCACAUUCGCAAGCUUCCGUCGCUCGACCCGACGCGGAUCUCCGCGGGGAUGGCGCCCAGCCAGCCGUUCGACGCGCGCGAGGCGCCGGCUGACGACGGCGACGGCGCGUCGGACGUGUCCAGGCCGACGGCGUCCGCCGCGAGUGCGGUGUCGUUCGACAGCGCCAUCGGCAGCGUGGUGCGCGACCUGUUCAAGACGACGACGUCGAGCCUCGGCCUCGGCGCGAUGCUGAAGCCCCCGGAGCAGCCCACGGACACCGCGUCCGAGGCCCUGCCCUCGAGCCCCGGCGACAAGAAGGUUGCCAAGUCGGCGUCGAUGUUGCAGCGCCCGAACAUCCCGGCCGCGGACGUCAGCCAGCCCCGCAGCGCGCGGGACCUCUUCAGCGUCGAGCGGCGCGGCGCGGGCCCCGCGGAUGUCUCCGCGGAGCCCGGUGCGUCGUGGUCGGGCGCGCGCGGGAAACUCCCCCCCAUCCGCAUGGGCGAGGGCGCGAUGGAGCCGGUCAUCGGGGGGCCCGCGAAGCCCCUGCCGAGCGGCCCGCACGGAACCGUCGUUGGGAGGCUCGGCGACGCGGAGGCCGCGGCGGCGGCCGCACCAGCGGCCGUCGCGGGGGCGGCGAUUGGCGCGGCUGCGCUGGGCAGCGGCGCCGGCGCCCACGGGACGGUCGCGCCCGGUGCGAAGGCGGCGGGGGCUGGUCAGACUCUCCUGGUCGCUGCGGCGGCUCCGGCGGUCGUUGGGCGCGGUGGCGGCGCGGCGAAGGUGGGCGGUGAGGAUGCGGCGAAGCCUGGUCAGGCGCGCGUGAACCGGGGCGGCUGGCUGGCGGGCGCGGAGGCGGCGGAACCGACGAUCGGUGCGACCGGCAAGCCUGUCGCCGCGGGCGCGCACGGCACCGUCACCGGGCCCGGGGCCGGCAGCGGCGCUCACGACCUCGUCGUGGUUGGCGACUUCGCCGACCCGACGAUCGGUGGGCCCGCCAAGCCCGUCGCGGAGGGACCCAAGGGCGUUGUCACGGGGCCGUCGGGCGGCGCCGCUGGCGCCGCGGCUGUCGCUGCGGCGUCGGCGGCGGAGCCGGUCCUCGGCGGACCUGCCAAGCCUGUCAGCGCGGGCCCGCACGGCGUGGUCGCCGGCCCCGGCACGGGCAGCGCGGCGUCGACGAACGUCGUGGCGUUCGACGCGGACGAGCCGGUCAUCGGCGGCCCUGCGAAGCCGAUUCCGCAGGGACCACAUGGCACGGUGACGGGGCCGCUGCCGGGCGCCGCCGCCGGCGCGUCUGUCGCGGCAGCGACGACGGCGGAUCCUACCAUCGGGCGCUCGGGCGCGGAGGUCGCGCAGGGGCCGCACGGGACCGUUGCGGGGCAGCGCAGGUCGAUGCCUGGCACCGUCAAGCCGGUCGGCGGCGCGGACGCGCAGCCGGUGAUCGGCGGCCCCGCGGGCGACGCCGUGCAGGGCGCGAAGGGCGCCGUCGUGGGCCCGCACGCCUCGACGGGGGCCGUGUCCGGCUCGCUGGUGCCCGGCGGAGCCGCAGAGCCCGUCAUCGGCGACACCGCUCGCGCCGUCCGCGGCGAGGGUGCGCACGGCACGCUCGCGCCGCGCGCUGGCGGCAAGAACGCCACGGUGGUCGUCGGGCCGGGCGCGGCGGCGACGCCCGCCGGCGCGGUCAUCGGCGGCGCACGGGAGGGCAAGGCUGCAGCAGGGGCUGUCGGGCCCGCCGGGCAGGCCGUUGCGCGCGGACCGCAGACGAUCCAGGUCGAGCAGGGCGACCCGACGAUCCGCGACACCGCGGAGGGGCAGCAGCUCCGCCGCGAGGGCGGCGUGGACGCCCCGGUGUCCAAGUCGAGCGCGGCGAGCGGACUGGUGCUCGGGCAGAAGGACACCGCGACGAUCGGCGAGACGGGCAGGCCCGUUGCAGGCGCCGCGACCGCAGCGGCCGCGCGUCCGGGCCUGUUCCGGCGCCUCGGCGCGACCCUGUUUGGCGAGCAGCCCUCCGGCGACCUCGGGAGCUACACCGCGCCGGACGCCGCGGCCGCGGAGCCGGAGAAGGCGGCGGAGGCGCGGCCUGCGGUGCGGCCGGGCGCGGGCGCGAAGAUCGUCGCGAGUUCCGACGCGGACGCGGCGAUUGCCGACACCGCGAAGCCUGUCUUCAUGUUGCCGCAGCGCGGCGCGGCGGGGCCGGGUGCGGGACGCGCGGCGAAGGUCGCGCUGAUGCACGGCGGAGCUGGGCACUUCGGGCCGAACAAGGGCACGGUGCCGCAGGCUCCGCAGGCGCCGGCGUCUUCCGCGGCACGUGCGCCAUCCCCGCUGGCGCUGCGUCGCACGGCGAUGGUGCCGGGCGCGGGCCCGGGCGGCGUGUCGAUCGCGGACACGGCGAAGAAGACGGACGCGUCGCGCGAGGGCGCGACGGUGUCGCCUGGGCGCGGUGGGAGCGCUGCACCGAUGCACAUGAUGCUGGGCGGCGGCAUGGCGCCUGUCCUGCGCGGGAAGCUGGCGCGCAAGUCGGCGGCGGAGGACCGCGGGGCGGUGUACGCGCGGGAGGCGCAGGGCGACGCGAAGCGCGGGCUGGCGCAGGAGGACGAGGGCACGGUGUUCAUCAUGAAGAAGCACCAGAAGUGA